AUGUCAAAUAACGAAGACGAUUUAAUACCAGAAGAAGUAGAAGGAUAUCACGUUGGUGAAAAAAAGACAAUUGAUGAAUAUAAUAAAUUAGAUGCAGAAGAUGAAAGUUUAGCAAAAUGGAAAGCAUCAUUAGGUUUAUCAAGUACAGGUUCUUUACUCCCCGUAGAUCCAGGAGAUAAAAGAAAAGUAGUAGUUACUGAAUUAUCAAUUGAAUUUCCAGAAGAUUCCAAUUUAAAACCACUCACGUUCAAUUUAGAUUCUACCACCAAUCCCACAAAAGAAAUUAAAUUUGAUAUAAAAGAAAAAUCAGUAUAUCAAUUAGUUAUAAAAUUUAAAAUCCAACAUGAAAUAAUCACGGGUUUAAAAUAUUUACAUUCAGUUAAAAGAGGUGGGUUAAGAGUAGAUAAAGUUGAAGAACCUUUAGGAAGUUAUGCACCAAAUACUACUGAAAAUCCUAUAUACAUUAAAAAAUUUUCUGAAGUUGAAGCUCCAUCUGGUAUGAUUGCAAGAGGUAAUUAUUCUGCUAUUUCUAAGUUUAUUGAUGAUGAUAAAAAUGUUCAUUUGACUUUACCUUGGAGUUUUGCUAUUGUUAAAUAA